AUGAGCCCCAGCGCGGCCUUUGUACGUGGCUCACACGAGGGCAGGGUCGUCAAUCGUGAUCUUCUUCCCUUGCCUCACUACCGCCUGCCGAGCAUGGGCAGCGACGAUGGCGGGGAGCGAGCUCAUUGCGAAGACUGGGCUCGCUGCUGCGCGAUCACGCUGAACGAGCUCGACCGCGGGUCUGCUGAUCCGCAACCUCAGGGACAGCGGGCCAGUGCCGGGCAGGAGCGCAGCUUGGGCAUGAUCCAGGCUGCGGUAGCUGAGCUCGGAUGGCCGCCCGCCGACCUGACUCGCCAGGGAGCCCUCGCGGAGCUCCUGGCCAAGCGCAGCUACACCGGCGAGAAGGUGUCUGUCGCUCGGCUCGACAUUUCUCUCUUGUCCCUGCCUGCUGGUGGGGACGGUCCUCGAGCGCUGACAACUUUGCUCGGGGAUGAGGGCCCAAUGGUAGUCGAUGCCUUUUUGAGAGACAAAGUCUUGCCUCCAUCGGAGGCGGCGGCGCGGGUGGCCGAGUCGGCCUUGAAGCGCCCGUACUACGAUCCUUCGCUGCAGGGGAGGCCGCGCCGGCAUGCGCGCCUCCUCGCGGCCCUUGACGGCGCAGGCAUGCUCGAGUGGAGGCGGCACGGAUCGCCCCGAGUAGGCUUGUUUACUGUUUGGAAAAAGAACGGCAAGCAAAGAUUGAUUGUCGACGCUCGGUUGUCUAACUUGUGCUUCGCAUCUCCUGAUUCUGUCGACCUUGCCACAGGCGGAUCUUUCGCGUCCCUCGAAGUUGACCCGGGGCCCCCAGUGUGCCUUGCUCAGGUCGACAUCCAGGAUGCCUUUUACCACCUCCUCCUCCCUCCUGAGCUCGUCCCCUUUUUCUGUCUCCGCCCUGUCACCGCUGGGCUCGCCGGAGUCGUUGAGCUCGACGGCGCCCCUGUCUCCCCGACCCAGCUCGUGUACCCACACCUGCGUGUUGUGCCGAUGGGGUGGAAUCACGCCUUGUGGUGGUGCCAGCGAAUUCAUGAAUUUCAUGCCUUUCGGCAGCCCGGCGUGUCCCUCUCUAACAAGCUCUCGGAUAAGAAACCCGGGGUGCGACUGGGCCGCUCGGGGUUUGCUCACACUGAAUGCGUAGACAACUUCGCGGCCAUCGGGCGCCAGGCCAAGGAGGUCGACGCUGUGGCCGAUUCCGUUUUAGACGCCCUGACCGCCGCUGGGCUCAGCAUGCAUCCUCGUGAGAGCUCAGUCGGCGGGUCCGUCUUGGGAUGGGAAUUCAGUGACGAGUGCCCUCAGGUUCGUGUGAGCCCUCGCAGAGCGUGGAGACUCCGACUCGGCAUUGAGGGGCUCCUAGAGAAAGGCUUUGCUACAGGCAGGGACCUCGAGGCCAUCAUAGGACAUUUCACGUUCGCCGCUCGAAUUCGGCCAGAGGCCCUGUGUGUGUUCUCUGCUGCGUACGCCUUCAGUCAGCGGGGGGCCGACACUCGCCGUAGGUUGUGGACUGCCUCCAUCGCAGAGGCUGGCCGGUGGUCGGACCGGUGGCGCUUCUCGCGAGGGGCCGAGGAUCGCGUUCGGCCGAGAGACGCCUCGCUCCGGGAGGAGCUGAACUUAGCCGCGGCGGCUGGUCUGGACGACCUGGAUCGCGUCGGGACGGCUCGGCACCUGGAAGCCCUCGGCGAGGUGGAUCGGAGCGGGGCCGUCCCGGAGAUCGGGCCCGAAAUCCUUCAGGGAUCCUGGACCACCGUUUCGGCCGGUCGCUGGAAGCGUCGGGAGGCGAUGCCCAUCUUGGAAGGGCGCGCUCUGGUCUGGGGGGUCCGGCAUGUGAGCCGGGGUUUAAGCGAGUUUGGCAAGCGGAUCCUUUUUCUGACCGACGGGUUGUCCGAGGUCCUGGCCCUUGAGAAGGGCCGAUCGUCGAGCGUGGCCCUGAUGAGAGUGUGCAGGCAGUGGGCGGCGACGGUGUUUGCGGCCGAUCUGUAUCCUCGGGUUCGGUGGAUUCGGUCUGAGUUGAAUGUCUGCCUGAGCCGGAUGACGACCGGUGCCCCGAUCCCGUCGGCCCCGUGGGAUGCGGUCCUGGCGACCGACAGCCUGGUGAGGCCGGGCGGGGCUGCGGAGCGGCGACCCGUCCAGGGCGAGCCGCCGACCCUGUGGCGAGCGGCGGCGCUGUCACAGGCUGGUGCGCGACCGCGCCCACCCCAUGGGCGGGCCCGGGCAAAGGCAGCGGCGAGACAAGCCAAGCCUCGGCCCGAGGAGCUGGCCACGAGGGGGGAGCGCGCCGCUGCCCGGCAAACGAGUUUCCCCGUGGACAAGCGGGCGGCAGUCAGCGAGGGCCUCUCGCUGCUCGAGAGGGAGAGCGCGGGCGACCACGACCAGCGGGUCUACCAGUCGGCGCUCGUGGAGUUCAGGAUCUUCUCCGAGACCCUGGGCCUGCGCCUCGAGACCGCUCAGGACCACGACGAGGCAGCCGUGGAGUGGACCUACCCCGCUGUCUUCGACGGCAGCGACGCGCUGGAGGGGACAAGGCUCAAGGCGCGGCUGCUGUACUACUACCCGCGGCUCCUGUCCGUGGCUGGGCUGCCCCAGUUCAGCCGGGCGCUGAGGGGGUGGAGGCGGCUGGGGUCGCCGCGGAGCCAGCUGCCGCUGCCGGAAGAGGUCGCCUGCGCGGUGGCACACAGGCUCGCGGCAAACCAGGACCUGCACGCCGCCCGCCUCGUCUUUGUGAGUUUCGUGUUCGGCCUGCAGCCCGCGGAGCUGAUGUCGCUGACCGGGCGGCAGGUGGUGCCGCCGGCGCGGGCGGCCGGCCACGCCGCGUGGUCGCUCGUGCUGUUUCCGAUGGAGGAGGAGACGCCCAGCAAGGACAACGCCUUCAACGAGAGCGUGCUGGGCGACCUGCCGUUCUGCCACCUCAUCGGGGACGUGCUGAAGCCGUUCGAGGCCGGCGUCAACGACAGGGACCUCGUGGCGCAGGUGCGGUACGUGCAGCUGGCGCAGGCGUUCGGCACGGCGGACCAGCGGCUCGGCCUCGAGGGCCCGCCGGGCCUGUACCAGCUGCGGCACGGCGGAGCGCCCGUCGACCUGGCCUGCUACCGCCGCAGCAUCGCGGAGGUGAGGGCUCGCAGCCGCUGGGCAAGCGACAGCUCGGUGACGGGGUACGGAAAAGGGGGCCGCGUCGCCGACCAGCUGAUCAAGUUGCCACCGCCGUUCCUCGACCACGCCAUCGUCCGCGCCAAGAAGAAUGGCGACAUCCUCUGCGAGCACUGCCGGCCUUUGCCGCCCGCGCGGGCGGGGCCGUAG